AACCUGCGUCGCACUAAUGAUGCCGCAGCUUUGGCAACUCUGCGCUCCGCUCCGCUGUGCUGUGGUGAGGCCUGUGAGCCUCCGGACGGACGGGAAAAAGCAAAGAAACCAAGUAUCAUUAAAGAAGAAAAAGAAAUUUGGGAAAAGGUUCGAGAUGUCAGAAUUGUAUGGUGAGAGUGUGAAUAACACGAAGAUCGAGGAACAUCUAGAAAAGAGCAUGAUCAGUCAGGAUGAUUAUAAAAAGAUGAAGCAAGAGAAUGAGGAUUAUCGACAGGAGUUGUAUGUUUUGCGACUCAAAUUGGAAACUUCCGACGCGAUUGUAAGAGAUCUUCAGGAUUCUGGAGAGACUUUGGAAAAUAAUUUCAAAGAAUACGUACGGCAAGCAACCGUGUUAUCUUCUGAGAAAAAAGAAAAGUAA